AUGAUAUACAUUAUAAUAAAAAGGAUGAUUUGGAUAAUAAUAUAUCAGAUUUACCUAUUCCUUCUAAGAAUAUUAAAUCUACAGGGACAUCAUUAAAUAAUUUAGAUUAAUUUACUAAAUAAUCUAUUGAAUUCUAUCCUUAGAACAAUGGUAAACUCUAGUAAAUGUAAUCAAUUGUAGAUGUAGCUUAACAAAAAAUUUGAAGAAUAAUAUAAUGAUAAUAAUGAAUUGCAAUAAUUAAUAGAAUAGAUUUAAAUAUUAAAUAUAAAAAAUAUUGAUACUAAAAAAGAAUGUUUUAAAAUUAAUAUACUUGAAUAAAAAGUAUGCAAAAAAAAUGCUCCAUUAAUAUAUAAGAUAGGAAAUAAAAUAAGUUUUGAAUAAAUUGAUUAAUAAUAUGCUGAUUUUUUUAAGAAAGAAAAUAAUUUUACUGUUAUUGGUUCAAUUUAAUAGAUAAGUAUAUUUAGAACAAUAUUAAUAAUGAUUGAAUAAAUUAUAAAAGAACUUAAAAAAGAAUUAGGAAUUAUUGAAGGUUAGAUUAAAAGUACCUAUUAUUUAUUUAAAAAGAUUAAUAAUGAAAUUGUAUGAUAUAGAAUUAUAAUUUAAAAUAACAAUAAUUUAGAUAAGAAAUUAAUAUAAUAUAUAAUAAAUAUAGUGAAGAAAUAUUUCCUAUGGAUAAAGCUACUCCAAUUAAAAUUAAAGGUUCUAAAUAAAAUAUUGAAUCAACUGUUUCAGAAAUAUCUAAGAUUCUAAAAACCUUAUGUGUUUAAAGAUUAUAUAUAAUUGAAAUGAAACUAAAACUGUUUAAGAAAAUAUGUAUCAUCUAAAAUAAUAUGCUGAGAUUCGUAAAUAUAGAGAUCAAUCAUCCAUUCUUUUAUAUCUAAUAUAGAGAGAAAGAAGUUUGUUUGAUUGGUAAUCUUUAAUAGAUUUAAGAGACUAGUAAUGCUAUUAAAUUACUUUUGGAAUAAGAAACUAAUAUAACAUAUUUUAUUGUACUCAUUUCCCCAUAAUUUAAAGAAUAAUGUAAAUAAGUUAAAUAGAGAAUUGAAAAGGAUUAUCAUCUAUAAAAGUAUUAUUGUUUGAAGCUUCACUUCCUAGAAAGAAUAUGA